AUCAGUACCUCGAGGCACGACAGCACUUGAAUAAAUCACUGUCGUGCAACACAUCAGAUUUGCAGACAGAAGAGGAAGAAGAAGAGGAAAUUCGACCCAAGCGAAAGCCAAAACCAAUUCAUUUUUUGGGAGAUUCAGAUGAAGACAGUGAGGAUGAAGAUCAUCAAAGGAAGAGAAUCAGGGGCCGACCCAAACCCUCACCACUACCACCAGCUCCUUCU